UCAGCUACUCAGUAUCACCUGGGUGGGAUUUAUUUUGGAGGGAAAAUAUACUGUAUAAAUUUAUGUGAAAAUAACCAUAUUUAUUAUUUCAACUGAUAUACAGAGGAGAGAAGACUGCAGAUUGUCUGUACAUUAUGGAUAACGACAUUGAAAUGCCCUUGUCUAGUAUGAGAGAGGCUGCCCAGACGAAGGGUGUUUCGUGGCUGAAAGACAGAUUUCAGGAUACUGUGGUUGCUGAUGAAGGUCCUGCUACUGACAAACCAAGACCCAGGACAAGUUCCAGGCCCAGGAGGCCCCCAGCUCGCCUGAGCCCUGAGUUGGAUACGAUUCCACCCUCUCCAGCAGCUGCUUCAUCUGCCUUGCCCUCCCGGUCCCGUGUACCUCAGGGCAGCAGCAAACGUCCUUCUGGUGGUUCCAGGUCUGCUUCUGCAUCCGUGGCAAAUUCGCAGCGGCGGCCAGCUCGCAGGGCUUCACCUUCCCCUUCCCGGAGCAUUGUGUCUUUGGCUGCGUCCAGUGGGGACGACAACUGGCUGGACCUUGAUGAUCCGGCUCCUCCGCCAUCCAGACGCAGGAGAGCUCCAGCGGCGCGUGGGGAUGAGCCUUCAGACGCGGUAAGAGAGACCCAGCGGUCUCCUUCACCUUCCAGUUUUCCUGUCCCGGCUAUUUCUUCACGGACGGCGCCGUCAAAACGCAGCAGGAGUGCACAUGCUCGGGGCUCGUCCUGCGACGUCGGUGAUGAAGCGACAUCUCGCCGGGAUGAUGUUUCUCGGCUCACGUCAGUGGCGCCUUUCGGCCAGGAGAUGGCAGCAGUUCGCUCCUCGAUCGUUUCUAGUGGAGGCAGUGCCGUUCCUUCUAUUGGAUGUGUGACUGCAACGGGACCUGGUGCUGGCAGUGGAGUUCACCCCCGGUCCACAAUGGCAACGUUUUCGGGAGGCCGCGCCGGGUGCGGACGAGUUGGGAGCAGAUGUCCCUACGUGGAUUUGGAGUCUGGUAGACAUCACGUCAUGAAGCAGAUUGACAAGUCUCUGGCUUCGGCAACCUGGGCAUCAUACAGGGCAGUAUGGAAAGACUGGGUUGGUUUUUUGGAUGAGGCAGGUAACCCAUGCUCUGAGGGUGACCAGUUGGUGGUGCUAUUGUGGUAUCUGGGAAGUGAAUUUGCCAGGGGUACGUCUGUUGCUGGCAUGGAUAGGCGACUGGCGGCAUUGGCUUUUUAUUUCAAGCUGCAGGGGGCAAGGGAUAUUACUAAAGAGUUUUUAGUUGGUAAGGCAAUGAAGGGUUAUCGUCGGGGUGGUUACAGGCCUGACUCGCGGCGUCCUGUGACAUUUCGGCUCCUGGAGCGCAUCUGUGGAUGCCUUUGUAGCAUUUGUUCUUCUGGUUUUAAGGUAGGACUUUUUCAUUUAAGUUUUUUAUUGGCAUUUUUUGGUGCCUUUCGGAUAGGCGAGUUGGUAGCGGCUAAUACUAAAUCGCAAGGUGGCUUGCAACUUAGGGAUGUUUGCUUGGGGACGGAGAUGGUUGAGAUUUUGAUUAGGCGUUCCAAGACGGAUAAAAAUGGUAAGGGUUUUAAGGUGCAGUUGCUCUCCUUUCCGGGUUCCGACCUUUGUCCGGUAGGUUCUUUGCGAGCAUAUUUGGCUAUUCGGCCCGAGGGCGAGGGUUCUUUAUUAAGACAUGCUGACAAUACUUCACUUUCCAGGUUUCAAUUCGUAGCAGUUUUUAGAAAAUGUCUUGGCAGUUUGGGUCUUGCUCCUUCUGAAUUCGAAUCUCACUCGUUUCGUAUCAGAGCAGCGACUCAGGCAGCUAGAUGGGGCUUGGGUGACGCAAUUAUAAAACGUAUUGGCAGAUGGGAAUCAGGCCGAUUUAGACGGUACAUCAGGCCCAAUUUGAUUUAAUUAUGCAUAGCAUCAGUAUUCCGUCGUUAUGUCGUAACUGUUCUUUCAGUGCUUUGUUUUCUUUCACAUUUACAUUAUUUCUUUGUUCUUUUAUAGAUCCUGAGGUUUGCUUAGUGUGGAUAUUGGGUCACUCGUAUGUUUUCUGGGCAGCACGGCGCGCCGGGAUGAAGCCUCGGGGGCGUUUGCUAAAUCUGGAUCCAUCGCUGGCUAAGGUCAGAUGGUUGGGUUUUAGGGGUCUGCGAUGGGAGGGUGUGCAUUAUGAGGUUAUGCGGCAAGCCUUGUGGCACCAGGCGUCCUUCUCAUCCACGCUGGGGGGAACGAUUUAUGUAGUUGGCCUGUCCGUAAGUUAAUCAAGGAUAUAAAAUGUGAUAUGUUGAGAUUUCAGGCGGCUUUUCCGGGUGUUAUUUUUGUUUGGUCCCACAUAAUCCCGCGGUUGUUCUGGCGAGGUGCCAGGUCUGUAGCGGGGGUGGAUAGGGCCCGGCGAAGGGUUAACAAAGUAAUUUCAAGAUUUGUGGUGUAUAACGGAGGCAUUGUCGUUAAGCACACGGACAUUGAGGAGGACCCUUCAGGGAUGCUGGGAAGGGACAAUGUGCAUUUGAAUGCUAUUGGUUUG